AGUUCAAAAGCAUUUGCCUUUGAGGUUUAUUCGCUACCAUUUUCAUUCUCGAUUGUGUCUUCGCUUCGCCAUUGUUUUCGUCCGCUUCCCCAACACAAUGGCACGCCAAAGAGGUGGCGCGAGGAGGUCUUCAUCGAGCGGCGGCAGCGGCUUCUUCAGCAAGCCGUCUUCUUCCCAGCCUGCCCCAGUUCACCAUGCACCCCCCCCGGUCCCGUCCAGCGGAGGCGGCGGCUUCAUGGCCAACAUGGCGGCGAAUGUUGCCGGAGGAAUGGCGUCUGGAGUCGGAUUCGGAGUCGCGCAGCGCGCAGUCGACGCAGUGAUGGGCGCCCGCCAGGUGGAGGUUGUUCACACCAACGCAUCUGUGCCUGCUGCGCCAGUUGCUCCCGUUGCAGCUCCGGCUGCUGCUGCGCCUCGCGCCUUCGGAGCCUGCCAGCAACUCAACGAAGAGUUGAAUCAGUGCAUCCAGCGUCACUCAGACCUGAGCCUGUGCCAGCACCACUUCGAAGCUCUGAAGCAAUGCCAGCUGGCCAACGGCGGCAGCGCUUGAAGGCGGUUGAAGUCUCGAGAGUAGCCGUACCUGAAUAAAUAUUCCGACUUUCACCUUUUUACCCACGGCGGCAACGCUAGUGGACAAAAACACAUGGCUACACAUCUCUGUACACAUGAAGGGCACCUGAGGCUAUGGGGAUUUUCACUGACUUUUCAGCACUUGCGUGUUAGUCGCUGUUCGCAAGUGCACGUUCAGAGUAGCGAAAAUUCACUGCGUCGUCGCUUGUAUCGCUUCCCCUGCUCAAACUGAACAUCAAUUGUGGCAUCCAAGCCUGUUUCCGUACGAAACCAGUACUCGAGAGCACCGAUUCUCGAAAUUCAACCGCACCCGCAUGUGGAAACACUGAACAAGCGAAGACAACCCAACCAGACGACGUAGCGCCGGCGGUACCCUUCGCGCACGGGACGCACAAAAAAGUCAUGCGUGCGCUUAGCAGCGUUGUAUCAAGAAUUUUCGCUGAGACGCCAGAAUACAUUUCGAGGACUGAAGCUGCGGCUCUAGAGAGUCCAGCGAAACCCGGUCCAGUAGUUCAGACUGGAGGGUGUCAGAGAGGUGGCGCAGUCGUUGUAGACGGGGUCGUGUAACACUG